UCCUUGUUCGUAGUGCAGGGCCACUCACUGGGCUCUGUCAGUUUUCAAGCUGAGCAGAAGUGUGGAUAUUACAUAGCCUCCACAGCAGCGUGAUUUUGCUCUGGCUCUGCUGAAGUUUUCCCACAGAUAAGAGAAAAAGGGGUGGGGAAGGAAGAUUGCCCUGAGGACACCUCUCUCUAGCAGGACAUGGAGAACAGGCCAACAGAAACCAAUUCAGAGGUGGACAAGUCAGCAUCUCCCUCAGUGGCUCAGCUAGCAGGGAAAUUCAAAGAGCAAGCAGCCAGUAUCACUGGAAAAGAGGUGCCACCACAUAAGCCAACUCGGAGGAAACCACCAUGCUCUCUUCCACUGUAUUCCAACAAAACUGAGACAAGCCAGAACAAUGGGCAAAAGCCAUCUCCAAAUGCUUGUCCCAUUCCCAAAGUCAAGGUGAAAAGCUCUCCCAUGAUUGAAAAGCUACAGGCCAAUCUGGCUUUUUCGCCAGCAGCUCUGCUGCCGGGAGCAUCUCCCAAAAGCCCUGGUCUGAAAGUCAUGGUUUCUCCGUUCAGCACCCCUCCCUCAACGCCCAGCAGCCCAGGGAUCCAGCCGCAGUCCAGUGAAGCAAGUGAGACACCGGUCAGCUUUGAUAAACCUCCAGAAGGCACUCAGCUGCAAUUCUAUAACAAGGUGCGGACGAGGGGAUCAAUAAAGCGUAGGCCUCCCUCCAGGAAGUUCCGAAGAUCUCUGUCCGACUAUGGAGAUGGGGAAGAUUUAGGGAACAUCAUUCCCUCUCCAGAAAAUGGUACCAAAGAAGAUGGGGAUGAGGUAUUUGAGCAUAAAGGCAAGACAGAGGAAGCAGAAACAGGGAACAAAGAAAUAAAGAAACAGACAGUGUCUGAUGAGAAGCCCCCAUCGAGGAGAGUAUCCAGCAUAUCGGACAAUGAAGACAAAGAGGAAAAGCAAGUGGAAGAAGUGACUCCUUGCAAGAGUAACACAGGAGAUACAGAAAAGGAGGAGGAGGAGGUGUGUUGUGGUGCUCCAGGAGAGAACAACUCACCCCAGUCACCCUCUGAAGACAAGGAAGAUAAGGUGUGUGAGGCUCCUCAGGAAAAAGAGGAGGAAGGUGGUGCCUGUGAACAGGAAAAGGGAGACAAAGAGAAGGAAGAAACUGAAGAAAAGGAGACCAGUGAGAACACAGUCACACGAAGAACAUCAGACACUGAGGAAACACCACUGGCACCUCAACCGCUGCAGCAGGCAGUGGGUUUAGAGACUGCCAGUGAGCCUUUAACAUCAGCCAUGCAGGAGCAGGGCACUGAGUAGCCGUAAUGCACAUUAGGACGUACCCAUCCAGGACACAGGAGAUGAUGUGUGAAUAGGAACCAUCUAACUUAAUCAAGGUGGAAGCUACUGGAAAACCUUCAGUGGCAGGAGAGGAGCAGAGUACAGAUAUCCCCCGAGGUCCAGACCGAUCCCGGAGCUGAGUGGCUGCUCACCAGCUCUCUGCUUUGCACCAUCAUAUUUUGUGACAGUCAGAACAAGAGACUGCCUUACAAUCAUUUGGGAGUACAAAACUGAGGUGCUGGCUGACAUCCCAAGGUGGUAACUGGAGACUGAGAGACCUGCUUGCUAUGUGCUGUCCUGGACCUGGCAGCCACCGCCACUCCUGGGCUCUCUGUUCCUUAUUCCUGCUGAGCUCCAGAAUGUCAUUUUAUUCUCCCCUGCAUUGGUCUUAGGUGAAGUUCAUCACUUACAUGCGUAUGCCUAUGGUGCCUUUUCAAUAGCUUUUUUUUUUUUUUUUUUUUUGAAAUAUCUUGGGUUUUCAAAUGUCAGUAAAUAAUGUUUUAAUAGUGGGAAAGUGUGUAUUUUCUCCAUAUAUGUUAAUACAGACAAUGUGAAUCCUGAAUAUCAGAAAAUCUCCUAGGAAAUUGUUCAUAAAGCAUAAAAUGCCUUUGAAGUGGGGGCUGAGCUGGCUGAUCUGUGAAACAUCCAGUCAUUGUUGGUGGGCAGUUUUUGUGUACUUCAACUUUGGAAUGAUUUUAGUGCUGGUGGAAAGUAACAGUGAACAGAUACGAUGCACAGAAAAGAUGUGCUGUGUAGGUCAGCAGGGCAAGUUCUCUUACCCAAUGCUGUAGUCCAGUUCUGAUUUAGAAGGGCCACCUGUCCCUCAGUCCUUUUAACUUCCAGACUCUGCUUUUUGAUUUAUUAUUAUUAUUAUUUUUUUUUUGAAACUACUCUGUGACACUUUUGACAGAAAGCAUUCUGACUUACUAGAAACUGCCUAUUAAUUUUCUGUGAGUCAACGGUGAGGUCUUAGAUGGUGGAGUUAUUUCAAAUCAUGUGGCUUGACUGCAUAUGAUUUGGUGUAGGGCAGAUAGCCAGUCCCUUGGAAGUAUCUAGGAUUGGCAUUUUGCUAGAUUUCCACUCACUCUUGGUGUAAUAGCUAAGAUAUGGAACUAACAUUUGUUAAGUGAAAUAAACUUUUACAUCUACA